AUGGGUGAAAACAAAAUUGCACUCUUCCUCUCCACCGUGAUACUCCUCCUUCUCUGCUGCUGCGUAUGGUGUGAAAAAUCUGGAGUGGAAAAUAAAAAAAAAUUGGAGGAAGAUGUCAUAAGCAUACUGAGGAGGAAACUCGAGAGUUUGCAAAAACGUAGCUUAAUAAAUUCGGAUGGAAAUUUAAAGAAAGAAAUUGAAUUGGUGAAGAUGCAAAUUCAAGACUUGCAGAAAUAUGAAAAGGGGGGUGUUGGAAAAAAGGUGGACUCCACUUUGGGGGAGGAAUCGGGAGUCCAGUCUGUAAAGGGACAACCUUUGAGUUUGGAAGAGGCAGGAGACACACAAGAUGAAGAUCGUAUGCAUGAUUCAUAUCGAUUGGAUGGCUUAGAAGCUGUAGAAGACUAUGAGGAGGAGAUCCUUGGGCAAGCGGAGCCAGUGGAGGCGGCUAAGGUAGUUGAAGAAGCGGGGGAUGCGGAAGAGGAGGAGCUCGCUGAUGGCGAGGUGGAUAACAGCUUAGCAGACGCGGUCCCUGACUCCGUAGAAAGAACCGAAGAAGGUGUAAUGGAUGAAUUCGAAGAGGCAGAAGAAGACGAAGGGGCAGAAGAAGACGAAGGUGCAGAUUUGGAUGAAGCUAACUUAGAAAGUUCCACUUCGGCAAGCAGUGAGCUAGUAGGGGGAUCCGCAGUGGGAGGAAGCACAGAGGAGGAGGAGGAGAAAGAGAAGGAAAAAGAAGAAGAACAGGGAGAAGAAGACCUGCAGGGGAUCUUCCAGUUAGAGGAAGAACAGGGAGAAGAAGACCUGCAGGGGAUCUUCCAGUUAGAGGAAGAACAAGGUGAAGAAGACCUGCAGGGGAGCUUCGAGUUAGAGGAAGAACAGGGAGAAGAAGACCUGCAGGGGAUCUUCCAGUUAGAGGAAGAACAGGGAGAAGAAGACCUGCAGGGGAGCUUCGAGUUAGAGGAAGAAGCUAAGCAGGGAGAACAACUUCGCCAAGAGACAUCAUCAGACGGAGACGAAGCCAUAGAACCUCCCCUGAGUGGACUCAAACCGAAUACGGAAUACCUGAACGAACUGCAGAACGACGUAGACUUAACUGAAGACAGUGCCAAGCAGAUAAACCUUCCCCAAAUUGACGACAAAGGUAAGGAAGAUGAACACGAAUAUAAAUUUGAGACUCAGAAUGGGGACUUCUCCGUGGGGACAAAUAAUUUCGGAGGCUGCUUCCAGGGGGGUAAUUCAAAUGGCGCCUGUCCACUAGAUAUUUUUAAAAAGGUGCUAGAAGAAGAAAAUUUCUUUCAAGAGUUUGCUAGCUUUAUCGAUAACCUGUAUGGAUGCUCGAAGAAGGACACCCCCUGUGGAAGAGACCAAAUGGGGAAUGAGAACCUCUACAUGGAUCUCUUCACAAACGCGCUAAGUUUCCUCAACACGAUUGAAGCGUACUUUGUUUUUAAUGUCAUUUCAUAG